UAUGAACAACACAUUGCUUUCAUAAUACUUUAACAAGCCAACACGAUAGUUCAUAUUCACACGAAUUAUUUUGAUACUACAGUCUAUAUUAAAGUUAACAAAUUAUAAAAUGUCUUUGAAAUUGGUUGACCAAACGAUAGAAUUAGAAACCAUCGGAGGAUUACACGGCCAAUCCUUUUUAGACGUUGACGAUGUUCGUCGAUUAUCUUUGUAUACUACCGUACGUGGGGACGACUUGAAGGAUCUCAAAAACUUCCAUGGAAAUGGUUUGAAGAAACAAAAAAUCGGAGCCGGGAUUUCUUUGCAAGAUUUAUUUUCGCCCCAAAAACAACUACAGUACAAUGGUGAUGAAACGAUCGAAGAGAAGGGUUCUUCCACAGAAUCCAAAAUCGACCUAGUAGUGUGUGACCAAUUAGGAAUUGAAUACACAGUCCAAGGGAUCAGGAAACAUGAAUUUCCAGUCAUAGGUUUCCAUCUAGAUAACAGAGUGUGUCCUGGGUUUACAUACCGCGUAAGAGAUCUAAGAUCAGACAGAGAGGUAUUAGAAGGGGAACCACGUGUGCUCCAAUCGAUCGGAAUGGGAUAUGGAAAGCGCCUGACGUUCAAGGGAGAUAAGCGGAAUCUAAAUGACUGUUACUUCUGGACAGAUAACAACCCAGAAGGAUACGGUUUCGCCAUUAGUGUUGUUAGUAAGGGAGAUAACUUCGUGAUUUACGAUUCACUCAAUCAAAGUAUCGGUGAUGUCAUUAUUGAGUCAGUUGAGGGACCACAAGUCGAGGAGUCGAUGACGUGUUGUAAGGGUGACGUAACUAAGAUGGUUCGUGUACAGUUUACAUGUUCAAUUCGUUAUCAUAAUAAGCUAGAACAUAAUUUAUACGAUAUUGCCAACCAAGAUUUACAAUCAUUGGAUGGGUUGGUCGAGGUUACGAAAUCAAAAAAGUCCAAAGAAGCUAUGGUCAUCUGUAUCCGCGACGUAAAUAUUGCAAAAGUCGGGAUGUGUACACUGUGGAAUGAUCUUAUAUAAACGUUCAUAUGAAGACAUUGUAAACUUUCAUAUGAUGAAGACAUUGUAAACUUUCAUAUGAUGAAGACAUUGUAAAACUUUCAUAUGAUGAAGACAUGAUUGUAAAACUUUUGAGCAAGUGGUGAACACUUAGACAAGACAUUUCUCUUGAAAUCUCGUGAUAAUCCGGUUGAUAUGUUGAUAUUGAUUUAAAAAGAAUCUGAACGCAUAUAUGACGUUAUAGUAUUUUUUAUUUUAUUUGUUGCAUUGUUAAUGUUGCCUUUUUAUAUGUUACUGUUUAUCCUUUUUAUAUAAAAUACUUUUAUUAAACUUU